AUGUGGAGUUUACUGGGCUGGCUGAUGCCCCCAUCCGCUGCCUUGUCGCCAUAUAUUUGCGCUCGCUGUGCGCGGGCCAAGCUUGCCGCCCAAGCUUCCCUCCCUAUUCGCCGCAUCGCGCUCGCAUCUGUGCGACAAUAUGCAGAGUCAGCUGCGCAACAGAAAGAGGAUGGGCAGGAUGACCGGUUUACUAACGAUGAGAAGCACCAUCAAUAUGGCGGAAACUCGGGGCCACAAGAGAAGGGUGGAGGUGCUAUGACGCGGAGACUUCGUGAUAUGAGCAACGAAGCCUUGGAGACUGGCGGCCGCAGCGCACAAAAGACAGUGUCCGAGGCUGGAUUCAGCGAAGACCUGAAAAGGCAAUUGGAGGAGCGCAUAGCGUCCGCAAGCUUUCGCGCCGAACACCGUAAUGCCUUCACCGAAAUGGAGCUCCCGUCCACCGCCAGUCGCCACACCCGCGACCUUGCGACUGCAGGAGCAUGGACAGGAACUGAGAGUAUCCACGAUGCGAGCUUGCGUAUGCUCAACGACGCCCACAAACCGCUCAAGGGUCCGACGGGAGGGAGGGCUGGGUCAAUCGUACCGCUACCGCGCACGGUUGACACGGGACGGAGGAGUAAUGCUGGUCAGGGUGUGCGACUAGCAAAUGCCCGGGACAGGAGUGGUCUAUAUGCGAGCUUGAAGGAUUCUGAUAUCGAUGAGCAAGAGCGGCAGAAACGCUUUCAGGAGAUGAAAGACCGCUUUUCGCCACAUGCGCGCGCUGUAGUGCCAGGGACUAUUCAAGGACUUACCGCACUCGCAAAUGAACGUAUUGAAAAUGCAAUUGCGCGCGGUCAGUUCAAGAACCUGCCAAAUCGCGGGAAGGAAGUCGAACGCGAUUAUAACGCUUCGAGUCCGUUCAUCAACACCACCGAGUACUUUCUCAACAAAAUGAUCCAGAGACAAGACAUCGUGCCACCAUGGAUCGAGGCACAGCAGGAGCUGACGGCCGUGGCGAGCAAAUUCCGCACUAGGCUACGUGCGGAGUGGAAAAGACAUGCCGCUCGGAUGAUUGCGAGCAAGGGCGGUUCCUUGCAAGAGCAGAUAAAGAAGGCCGAAGCAUACGCCAAAGCUGAGUUGAUUGCCAACCCGCAGAGGAAAAAAAAGGAAAUCCUCAAUGCCAUAGAGGAUGAUGGCCACGUCUCCCAGAUCUCCUUGUCCGGCGAGUUGAAGUUGCCCUCGCCAGGUUCGCCAGAUGCGGCCGUGUUCGAAGAAAUAGUAGCUGAAAAGGUCACUCUGGAUCAGGAAGCACAGAAACAAGCUACUCCUGAAGGGAUACAGGCGUCACAGACAGUGGAUGUGCCUGAUGCUGCUCCUGCGCCUUCUACGCCUCCAGCUACUCACCCCUUUCGCGACCCCGCAUGGGAGAAUAUCGAACACGCCUACCACAAGCUCGCCAUCGAGGAUCUGAACUCUAAGACACGGUCUUACAAUCUACAAGCACCAGAACUAGCAAGGAAGCCCUACUUCAGCCUCGAACGUGAACUCAAGGCCUGCUAUGCCGAUGUCGCGCCCCAGCUGGCCGCUGCUAUCCGCGAGAGGGCCGUCAAACCCAUCCGCAAGACCGAAGGCUUCAGCCAGAGUCUGGCGGGCGGUGGAGGCGUCAUGCACAGCUUGGUCGGUCAGAAGGUGAAGGUGAGGGACGAACGGGCAGAGAAGCAAUACGGGUUCAGGCAGCUCUGGAAGGACGUAUUUGGAGCGAAGGAAGCGUGA